GUGAAAAGGCGGCUAGCGCGCGCGUGUGCGCGUGGUUCUCGCAGGCGGGGAUGGAAAAGGCGGCAAGCGCGUGAAGGAGGAUAAGAAAAGCUCACCAGCACUAGUCUCGCAGUCGACCGGUGGUGUUUAGCGGGCUAUGAUCGGUGUUUCUCCGCGACCGUUUCUCUCUCUGUAAUUUAGCAGCGGAGGCGCAUUAAUCCUCUGAAGAUCGACUCAAAAAGAUUAAAUCUCGCCUCUCACUGGGAUUUUGCCGCAUUUCUGCCGUUUCCCCCUCAGCAUCUUCUCUUCUGCGUGUCUCACCAUCAGUCUCUUCACAAACUGAACGUCUAUUGCUGUAUGUGGUAAUUUGUCAUCAUGACCACAGCAAAGGAGUCAAAUAUAUCGACCAAAUCAGCUCAUCAGCAGGAACAGGAGCUGGUGGGAAGUAACCCUCCGCAGAGGAACUGGAAGGGAAUAGCGAUCGCACUGCUUGUUAUUCUGGUCAUCUGCUCUCUGAUCGUCACCUCUGUCAUUCUGCUGACUCCAGGUGAGGAUGAUAGCCUGGCAUUUAAGGGCAAAGUGAUGGUUGAAGAUAUCUUCAAGAAAGACUUCAAGGUUCACGACCCGAAUACUAAGUGGAUCAGCAGUAAGUGCUCACAUCAGCAGACAUUUGAUUUGCUCUUCCAUUAGCGCUGUCAUGUAUCA